AUGUCUCGUCUGGGGUUUCUGAUUGACUUUGGAGCUCCAGGGCGUCCAAACUCGGCUGCCGCUGCCAAGCCCUUUGGUGCGGGUGCGUUGUUCGGUCGCGAAGCCGAGCCCCUGACGCGCGAGGCCAAGUGCCACCCCCAAGACCAAAAAACCCAAUGCAUGCCACCUUGGACAGAGCCUUCGCCAGUCGUCAGCCGCCGCUAUGAGGCGCUAUGA